AUGUUGGAAUUGGGCACAUGUUCGGUCAGCGCUCAGUCCCUAUCUGACUGCAAUGCUCUGGCGGUCCCAUCUUUCGGUCAGGGUGUGUGUGGCAGGAAUCCGUCUCCACGACGCUAUCUGCUCCAGCCUCAGGACCCGGAGGGCUGGCUCAAGCACCGAGGAACACUGGAGGAUGGCUCCCGCACUUGCUCCCUCCUGGAGCCCCAGAGCCUGGCGGUCAGUUUCCUGUCCCAUGCAUCCAGUUUCAACACCCUCUACGUCCCCCAUGCCCAUCCGAUGGGCCUGGCUCCAUCCUCCCUGGAUCUGGGGGGGUCGUGCGAGGGGCCAUUGGGUCUGGACCCCGACAUGCACGUCAGCCCGAAUAUCAUUAAACGGCGCAGGGGGGGACUUAUCGAACAACGUGACAUCAUUAAAGCACACCAGGCACACAAGAUUCAGAGCACCCCACAGGCCCGACGCAAGGAAUGGGAAAUGGCUCGGUUCGGAGACGAUGUUCCCGGUCUUUUUGGAGCCGGGGAUGGUGGGUCGGAGCGCAGUCGGAACCUGGAGGCUCCGGCGGUAUCCACAGGUGGAAUUUCACCAGCUUUCAAACAGACCAAAGCGCAGCGAGCCCGAACCAUGGCCCUGUACAACCCAAUCCCAGUCCGACAGAACUGCUUCACCGUCAACAGAUCGCUCUUCAUUUUCGGAGAGGACAACAUCAUUAGGAAGUAUGCCAAGAAGAUAAUAGAAUGGCCUCCAUUUGAGUACAUGAUCCUAGCCACCAUUAUUGCCAACUGCAUCGUCCUGGCCCUGGAGCAACACCUGCCUGGAGAGGACAAGACGCCCAUGUCAAAGAGACUUGAAAAAACAGAGCCCUACUUUAUAGGAAUGUUUUGCCUAGAGGCUGGAAUUAAAAUCAUUGCCUUGGGAUUUGUAUUCCACAAGGGCUCGUACUUGAGGAACGGCUGGAACGUCAUGGACUUCAUUGUUGUCUUGAGCGGGAUUCUGGCUACAGCAGGAGCCCACAUGAAUAUUUCAUUAGACCUGCGCACACUGAGAGCUGUGAGAGUGCUACGGCCCCUCAAACUGGUUUCUGGAAUUCCUAGUCUACAAAUUGUUCUUAAAUCUAUAAUGAAGGCAAUGGUGCCACUGCUACAGAUUGGUCUGCUGCUGUUUUUUGCUAUUCUCAUGUUUGCUAUUAUCGGACUGGAGUUCUACAGUGGGAAACUCCACAGCCACUGUGAACUUAAACAUGACAUCAGUGACAAUGAGACAGUGGACUCAUCUAAUUCUGAAAACCAGUGUGGGUGUCCACCAAAAUAUAAAUGUUCUGGCAAUUGGACCGGUCCCAAUGAUGGCAUCACCCAGUUUGAUAACAUCCUGUUUUCUGUACUCACCGUCUUCCAGUGCAUCACCAUGGAAGGCUGGACAACAGUUCUCUAUAACACCAACGAUGCCUUAGGCCCAACUUGGAAUUGGCUGUACUUCAUCCCUCUAAUAAUAAUUGGCUCUUUCUUUGUGUUGAAUCUGGUAUUAGGAGUCCUGUCAGGGGAGUUUGCUAAAGAGAGAGAGCGAGUGGAGAACCGAAGAGCCUUCAUGAAGCUCAGGAGACAGCAGCAGAUCGAGAGGGAGCUGAAUGGGUAUCGGGCCUGGAUCGACCGUGCAGAGGAGGUUAUGCUUGCGGAGGAGAACAAAAAUUCUGGACCGUCUGCAUUAGAUGUGCUGAAAAGAGCCACCACCAUCAAAAGAAGAGGGGCAGAUGAUGUCCGGAGACCUCCAGAGGAGCACUAUGCAGACAUCUCAUCUGUAGGGAUGCCUUUGAACAGAGCCAGCAUACGCAGCACUAAAAGAGGACCAACUUCCUAUUUCCGUCGGAAGGAACGCAUGCUGCGGAUCUCCAUUCGCCGUAUGGUGAAGACUCACACUUUCUACUGGACUGUUCUGAGUCUGGUGGCCCUCAACACACUCUGUGUAGCCAUCGUACAUCACAAACAGCCUCCAUGGCUUUCUAGCUUUCUCUACUAUGCAGAGUUCCUGUUUCUGGGCUUGUUUCUCACUGAGAUGUUUCUAAAGAUGUAUGGACUGGGGCCCAGACUCUAUUUCCACUCCUCUUUCAACUGCUUUGAUUGUGGGGUGAUAGUGGGCAGCAUAUUUGAGGUUCUCUGGGGGUUCUUUAGACCAGGCACAUCAUUUGGAAUCAGUGUUCUGCGUGCCUUGCGGUUGCUGAGAAUCUUCAAGAUCACCAAGUACUGGGCGUCCCUGAGGAACCUGGUUGUAUCUCUCAUGAACUCCAUGAAGUCCAUUAUCAGUUUACUUUUCCUGCUUUUCCUCUUCAUUGUGGUCUUUGCCCUUCUGGGCAUGCAACUCUUCGGUGGAAGAUUCAUUUUUGAAGACUACACCCCCACUAAUUUUGACACUUUUCCAGCAGCUAUCAUGACAGUGUUUCAGAUUCUUACUGGUGAGGACUGGAAUGAAGUCAUGUACAAUGGAAUACGGUCUCAAGGUGGUGUCAAGUCAGGGAUGUGGUCGUCUGUCUACUUUAUUGUACUGACUCUGUUUGGAAAUUAUACACUCCUUAACGUGUUCUUGGCUAUUGCUGUUGACAACUUGGCCAAUGCCCAGGAACUCACAAAGGACGAAGAGGAGGAAGAAGAGGCGUUCAAUCAGAAACAUGCUCUGCAGAAAGCCAAGGAGGUCGGGCCCAUGUCCUCGUUUAUGUCCUCAGAGAGGAGGAGAAGGCCCUACCUGUACAGGAAGCGUGCAAUUCACCGGAGCCGCGCGGCCUACUCCUUUGAGGACUCCGAGAGCCUCGCAGAUGCUCCUCCACUCAAUGCCUCUAACUCUUUCAUGUCCAGGAGAGAAAGGAGGAGAAGGUUGACCAUGUCAGUCUGGGAGCAGAGGACCAGCCAGUUGCGCCGACACAGGCAGAUGUCCAGCCGCGAGAUACUUUUCAGCAGCCCGAGUGAGGAACAGGAUGGACCACCUGGCUGCCACCACCAGCGGAAGCCUGGAAUAUCCCCGUCUGACAGCAAGCGCGAUGUCAUCGAGACCACAACAACCACCACCAUGCCAGAGGCCACCUUAGAGCCACCCAUGCCUAUGGACAUGCACGUGGAUGAAGAAGCUUUGUCCAUAUUUAUUCCAGAACCCCCUUUGGCUAUUCCAAUACCAGACCCUCCCAUGCCUACGGACAUAUCCCUCCCUGAGCCCCCAGUAAUGCUAAAUCUACCCCUAACAGAGCCAUCUGAAUCAAAAACCUCACCAGAGGACAUAAACAACCAUUGCCCCAGACUGAAUGGGAAUAGGCGACAGCGGGUGGUGCGUAAGUACAGGCCUCCUGCAAUGGGGGACACACUGACCCCUGAUAUGGGGCCCAGGCCAAGACGGCCACGCCACCGCGAUCCUCACCUAGACAUUAGAGGAAAGGAGGCACAACAAGGAGAUGGUGGUGUUGACAGCCGAGAUCAGAGGCUCGGGAAUGAGGGAGAAGAAAAGGAAUCAAAGAAUGAUGGAGAUAUCAUUUCAGACAACAGAGCGAUUGAACAUAGGCAGAGCAAACCAGACAACUCUGAAUCAUCAGAGCCCAAACCAGCCAUCAAUUCCCCCUGCAAAAACCAGCCUCAGGACUCAGAACUUGCAAUGCUACAGCUCACUGAAAACACACUCCAGCAGUCCCCACAGGCCACUAAGAGUGCUAGCGAGACAGAAAAUAACAACCACGGAAAUAUGAACCAGGAGAAGUCCUCCCUCAAAACCAGCAUCGUCAUAGAAGUGGCAGACACUCAGCCAUCCAUGGAGUUGACCUCAAUAACGGGUAAUUGCAAAGAUUUGGAGGCCUCAAAGCUAGAGAAAGAAGAGGAAACCCCAAAUGAACCCAAAGGCCCUCCACCUGUCAGCAUGUUCAUCUUCAAACCCAACAACCCGGUCCGCAAGGCCUGUCACUACAUUGUCAAUCUUCGCUAUUUCGAGAUGUCAAUCCUUCUUGUGAUCGUCGCCAGCAGCAUUGCCUUGGCUGCCGAAGACCCAGUCAACACAAAUUCAGAAAGGAACAAAGUGCUCCGCUAUUUCGAUUAUGUAUUCACUGGUGUCUUCACAUUUGAAAUGAUAAUCAAGAUGAUUGAGCAGGGUUUGGUCUUGCAUGACGGCUCCUAUUUCCGUGACCUGUGGAACAUUCUAGACUUCAUAGUUGUGGUGGGAGCUCUGGUGGCCUUUGCUCUCACGAAUGUGAUGGGGAGUAACACAGGACGUGACAUUAAAACCAUAAAAUCACUGCGUGUGCUUAGAGUGCUGCGUCCUCUCAAGACUAUUAAAAGACUUCCCAAACUCAAGGCAGUGUUUGACUGUGUGGUCACAUCACUGAAGAAUGUCUUCAACAUCCUCAUUGUCUACGAGCUCUUUAUGUUCAUAUUUGCCGUCAUCGCUGUGCAGCUAUUUAAAGGGAAAUUUUACUAUUGUACUGACAGUUCCAAGGACACAGAGCAAGAGUGCAAAGGCUACUACAUUGACUAUGACAAAGAGAAGAAAAAAGAGAAGCGAGAGUGGAAGAGACAUGAUUUCCACUAUGAUAACGUUAUCUGGGCCCUGCUCACUCUCUUUACUGUGUCCACUGGGGAAGGCUGGCCGCAAGUUCUGCAGCACUCUGUGGACGUGACCGAGGAGGACCGUGGUCCCAUCCAGGGCAACAGGAUGGAGAUGUCCAUCUUCUACAUCAUUUAUUUCGUCGUGUUCCCCUUCUUUUUCGUCAACAUAUUUGUGGCUCUCAUCAUCAUCACCUUUCAAGAGCAGGGAGACAAAAUGAUGGAGGAGUGCAGUCUUGAGAAAAACGAGAGGGCUUGUAUCGACUUUGCCAUCAGUGCCAAGCCUCUGACCCGCUACAUGCCCCAGAACAGACAAACCUUACAGUACCGGCUGUGGCACUUUGUUGUGUCACCCUUGUUUGAGUACACCGUGCUGACGAUGAUUGCUCUCAACACCAUCGUGCUCAUGAUGAAGCACCAUGAUCCUCGUCCUGAAGGCUAUGAGGAUGUGUUGAAACACCUCAACACUGCGUUCACAGUGAUUUUCUUUGUGGAAUGUGUCCUCAAAAUCCUGGCAUUUGGUUUUGUGAAUUAUUUCAGAGACACAUGGAAUAUAUUUGACUUCAUUACGGUUCUUGGAAGUAUCACUGAAAUUGUGGUUGACCAAUUAUCUAUGGCUGGACCUUUUAAUAUGAGCUUCCUGAAGUUAUUCCGGGCAGCUCGGCUGAUUAAACUUCUGCGCCAAGGCUACACCAUCCGUAUUCUGCUCUGGACUUUCGUCCAGUCCUUCAAGGCUCUUCCAUAUGUCUGUCUGCUCAUCGCCAUGCUGUUUUUCAUCUAUGCCAUCAUUGGCAUGCAGGUUUUUGGCAACAUCAAGCUAAAUGAAAAAAGCCAAAUCAACCGACACAAUAACUUUAAGACAUUCUUUGGUGCCCUCAUGCUAUUGUUCAGGAGUGCAACAGGUGAGUCAUGGCAGGACAUCAUGUUGUCGUGUUUAGGAGAAAAAUACUGUGAAAUCGACAUGUCUCUCCACAACUCGACUAGAAAGGAUAUAAGAAAAGAAUGUGGUACCGACUUUGCAUACAUCUACUUUGUCUCCUUCAUCUUCUUCAGUUCUUUUCUGAUGCUCAAUCUGUUUGUAGCUGUGAUCAUGGAUAAUUUUGAGUACCUGACACGUGACUCAUCCAUUCUGGGUCCACAUCACUUGGAUGAGUUUGUACGGAUCUGGGGAGAGUAUGACCGUGCUGCAUGCGGAAAACUACACUAUAAGAAGAUGUACAAAGUAGUACGUACAAUAUCACCUCCUCUGGGCUUUGGAAAGAAUUGCCCCUACAGGGUGGCAUGCAAGCGGUUGGUGUUGAUGAACAUGCCAGUGGAUGACAACAUGUCUGUUCACUUCACCUCCACCCUUAUGGCCCUGAUACGCACUGCACUGGACAUUAAAAUUGCUCGAGGGGGUGAGGACAGAGGUCAGAUGGACAUAGAGUUGCAGAAGGAAAUCAGUGUCAUCUGGCCACACCUCUCCCAUAAAUCUCUUGACCUGCUUGUACCCAUCCACAAAGCUAGUGACAUGACUAUUGGGAAGAUCUAUGCAGCCAUGAUGAUCAUGGACUACUACAAGCAGAACAAAGCAAAGAAGCUCCGCCAGCAGCUUGAGGAACAGAAACAUGCACCGAUGUUCCAACGCAUGGAUGCAUCCUCACUGCCACAGGACAUUCUCUGCAGUGCCAAGGCUCUGCCAUUCCUGACACACAGUGCAGGAUCUGCCCUCACCAGAGGUGGAUUUGUGGCACUGAGUUCCAUCUCUCCCCAAGAUCUUUACAUGCAGCAUAUGACCCAAGACACCAUGGAAGAGAGGGAGGAAUACCAACACCAGUAUCACCUCCAAAGCAUCGUGCCAGAACACAAAGAAUUUAGCAGUGUGCUGUGCAACACUAGCAUGCAGGCCGAUCCUCUGCAGGUGCCGGGAAGAGGCGUCUCUAUCCGAGCCUCUUCCAUGCCUCGGUUGGCAGUAGAGCCACAGGUGUCUUUAGAGAACAAACUGAUGAAGCGCUCAUUCUCCACGAUUGGUGAUCAGUGUGUCAAUGGUAACUGGCAGGAGGAGUUCUCUCUGGAGAGGGUGAGCCCCGACCGACUGGAGAGACCGAGGCAAAGAAGCUUCAGAGCUAUUAGGUCAAACCUGCGGGAGCCAGUGGACAAGGAGAGGGGACGAUCUAAAGAGCGAAAACACCUGCUGUCUCCAGACAUGUCUCGCUGUAACUCGGAGGAAAGGAGCCAGUCACAGGAGAGAUGUCAUUCUCGAUCGCCCAGUGAGGGCAGAAAGCACACGACACUGAGACAGGGAAAUAAUUCAGGCAGCUCUGGCCCCUCCACCUCUGAUUCAGGCACACCUCGAGGGCGCCGUCAGCUCCCACAAACGCCCUCGCGCCCUCGACCCCACAUAUCCUAUUCUCCUUUAGUGUGCCGCGCAAAUCCAGCAACGGGGGAGGGCCGUGCACGGGUUCCAACCACAGAGGAGGGGGAGGAGCCUAUUGGAACUGGGCCAGAAACAGCCAUCGCCCACUCCACCCCACACCACUACAUCUCGGAGCCAUACCUGUUACUGCAGGAAGACGUUAACAGCCCAAACUCCAGUGGAAUAAAGGAGACUCUUACUUUUGAGGCUGCAAUGGCAACCAGCCUGGGCCACUCCAACACGAUCAGCUCCGCCCCUCAACUACGUCACACUUGGCAGGUGCCGAACGGACAUUUCCGUAAACGACUAGCACAAGCAACAGCAGGAACGUCAGGCUGCGACCUUCUAAGUGACACUGAUGAAGAUGACCGUUGUUAAGGGUAUUGGAAUCUAAGACUGGAAGAUUCCAUGAAAUAGUACAAGCCAGUACAGUGGCAUUCUGGAUUAAUGACUGUGAACGUGAGCUUUGUGCCUCUAUCUAUCAGAAUUUGCCCGUUUGUGUUUUUUUUUUUUUUUUGUCUGUGAAUGUGGAGUCUGAGCAGAGAUGUAGAAGUAUUUCUGAAGAACAGAGAAAGAGCUGACUUUGCCAAACAUGCUGAAAUGAACACCAGUCGUAGCUGGCAUGAGCACGUUGAGGUUGAAGAUCAGGUAUGUGCCCUUACAUUUUCUUUGGAUCCACCCCACAGAUGAGAAGACACAAGCUAAUAUAGAUGAAUCCAAAGCAGAUAGCAAGCUCAUCAGCAGCAUCUGGGUCAUUCCCAAACACACUCAGGUUUCCAAACCUGCCUCAAGAUAUUGAGACAUUCUGUAUACUGCAGAUAUGUGUGUUCAAACACAGUGUUUACAUAGUUAUUUCCCUCUGUGCUGAUAAGGCAGCAUAAAAACAGCAGCAUACGCUCAGAUCAGUGUGUGUGGAUGCCACCUCUUUGGCAGGCAGAUGUUUUGAUUUUCAGAGGCUGAUGGGAAGAUUCAUAAAGGGAGGGCUGGGAAGCUCUUUGGCAUCCUGAUCAUUCUGCUACCGGUUUUGUUGGUUCUUUCACAUUUAGGAGGUGUAUACACACACACAUAUACUCCAAUAUACACUCUCAGAAUGCAAGUAGGAAAGUUCAGUCUGUCAUUGACGAGAGGUAAAUACCCCUUUAACUACAUAUCUUAAUAAUGACUGAAAUUCCGUGCAGUUAACGGGGACUUCAAGGGAAAUAAGGCCUGAUGAAUUGUCUAUUCUGAAUAGUGCAUGAAGUUUAAUGCAAAUGGAACCAGGUGAUGUCCUGGCCUUUAACAAUAGAGUCUAUAUGGAGGACUCAUGUACCAUAUCUAAACAUCUCAAAUCCAGUAUAUGAAGUCUUCAAGCCAUGUUUGUGUGUAAAUAAGUUCAAUUGUCUUAAAGAUGUUAUCUUUUGUGAAAUGGUGACUAAUCCCUGUCAUUUUGCCUUGUAAUGGAAACUAUUUUAAAAAUGGAUAUGUUUCACAUACUUCAUGUUGUUUGAUUAGACCAGCUCAUUCUUAUCCAGCAGAUAUUUUCUUGGCCCGUAGAAAAUCUAAAGCACUUGGGAAUAUUUCUUCUCUCUUUUAGUGAAUCUCAAAAAGCCUGUCAUAAACAUUUCUGGGCUAAAUCAAGAGAAAAGUAAGAAAUUAUAUUUUGCAUAAAGUAAAUUGGGCCUAAAAAAUGGGCUUCUUUAUGCAAAACAUUAUUUCUUAUUUUUUUUCUUAGUGAAAUAUGACCUGAACAUGUUUUUGUGAGUUUCACACCUGUAGCUCCAUUACUAGAAUGGGAAAGCAAUUUCAAUUAAAGUUUUGUUGUUUCAUUUGUGAUGUUUACUGUGAAUAUUCAUUCAUACUGUAGUUUGGCGUAGAAACUGAAUGAGCCCUGUAGUCUAAAUCGAUGAGAAGCAUCACCUCCAUCAAGUGCUUGACCUAAAAACAAAUGCUGCACUUGACUGAGGUUCGGUGAUUGUCACAAAACCAGUCAAAAAAUGUCCUGGUCUUAUUUUACUCCAAAAUAAACAGAAACAAGUUCUACAUUUUAUUUUGCACAUAGAAAAUGAAGCCUAUUUUAGGGCCUUUAAGAUUUUUUACAUUGUGACAAAUAUUUUCUGACAGUUACGCACAUUUUACCACCCAGUUCUCAUUACCACAAUGUAAAAAAAGAUGGUCAUAAUGAUAUUCUCAUUACUGCAAUGCGAAAAAAUAUAUUUUUUAAAUGGUAAAGUAUGUCAUAGUAGUACUCGCUUUGUACUUGACAUUUUUGCUGAUUUAAAUAAAAAAAGAAAUACUGUAAAAAUGAGAAUUAUCUUUGAAAAUGAUGGGAAUAGUAAAAGACGUCAGGAUGCAUUACUGUAAAGAGAAUUGUAGGGUGCAGAAUGUGCUUAAGUGUUUUGAAUAAUGUCACAAUGCCAACAAAAAUCUUAAUAGUCCUAAAUGUACACUUAAUUUUCAAUAUGCAAAAUAUAAUUUGAUUUAUAUAUAUAUAUAUAUAUAUAUAUAUAUAUAUAUAUAUAUAUUUGGGGUUAUAUAAGAUAUUUAUAUCACCUGGUUUUCUAUGAAUGCAUUUGCAGAAAUUCAAAAUGUACAUUUAGCCUGAAUGUGGAUGGCCUGGUUUUUAAAGGUAGCUGUGGGAAACUGGCAUAAUGUACUGCAUAAUAUUAGUCUAUAGAGUAUUAUAACGGAAGUAUGGAUUGUGGUUCAUAUAAAUGCCAAUUUUAUUGCUCAUCUCAAGACCAUCCUUCUCUCUGGAUUUCCCACAAAACAAAACAACAACAAAGAAACGACAUUGCAUUUUUUAUUAAAACACAUUUGAAGUCUUACUCUUUGGUUAGAUUCUGUAUAUCCAGCAUCUUAAAAAAGCAUUUUAAGAUUAGUUACUCCCUCAAGAGAAUUUCUGUAUCAUGUAUUGUGUUGUAAUUUGUUUUCUUGACAUGUUCCUGAAUGUGAAUAGAGAGUAUUUGGUACUUGUUUUUGAUGACCUGCUGGAGGUCGUUGCUUUGUGAAUUAUAUGAAAUAAAAAAAGAUUCCCGUUGAACCCGAAGCUCUGCUUCCUUAAUCUUGUGAUUCGUGUCAAACAUGCUUUGUCUGAUUGGAAAAAAAACUUUAUACAAUACAUUAGAUACUGUACAUGUAUGAAAUGUUCAAACACAGAUGACACAAACAAUUCAAUAAUGCAAAAUAAAAUGCAAAACAUACUGUUUUCUGUCAGCCCUUAGGGUGUUGAAAACACUUGUACAUGCCUUCAAAUAUUCCCUCUUUAUUUUAUAUAGUUAUGUUGGCAGUAUCACAGUUAUUUGUAAUCUCAAUUUCUGUAUAGCACUUUAACGUGUGUUGUUGGUGAUGAUAUACUGCUGUUGUCUAUAUUUGACCUGUCCCAAUUUCCUGGAAGCCUAACCAUCUGUUUUUCUAUAAAUAAAAAAAGCAAU